CUCAACGCGGAAAAUAAGCCGGCUAGCAAAUGCCCUGGCCGGCCACAACACAAUGCGAAUGCGGUGCAACUCUAAAAGCAAGCAUAGAACGCGUGGCGAAUCACAGCCGGGCGUCAGUCGUUUGCGAAGCGUCGUCGUGAGCAGGUUGGAAAAGCGAGCGGGAAAAUCCGUACUGCCCAUCGCUGUCCCGGGAAAACCAUGUGCGUUUGAUGGUACAGGAAAGUGUUAUACCGUUUGAAUCAAGAAGUUGAAUAUAAGUUUAGUUUGAAGUGGAAGAUUUUUUAUAGUGAAGUUGAUGUUUUGAAAUUGUUAUAUUUAUGCUUAGCAUUGUGUUCAUUAUCUGAGAUUCCGCUGGAAUAAUUUAAGUCGAAACAGAAAACGGAAAAGUUGUGCACUGCGGGUCAAUUAAGCAGUGAAAAACUUCGUGUAAUUAAAAGCAUACCAUUGUGAGUUGAAAAUAGUGCUAUAGACCCCCGAGAUAAGCGACCAGAAGUAAACAGUGAACGACCGUGCUACAUACAGUCGUUGGAUGUAAUUUACUCAAAUUCUACUAUUGCAUGUCAAAGCAUUUCCCGCCAUCCUUCCCAGGAGCGUACGUUGCGGCUUAAAUUGAUUAGAGCACGAAAAGUUCCUCCUGGUAGCUACGGUUCGGAAUAGUGAACAGUGAAUGUGUUCGACAGUUUAAACGAAACGGGAUUGUAACAGUCGGUGACGGUGGCAACAACAACGGUUCGAAUAGUUCCUGUUGGAUAGCUUGAUGAACUUUUGCAAACUCGAUCCAUCGAACGAACAACGGUUUGGCUUUAAACCGGCUCAAGGACUUCAACGCAUGACUAGCCACAUCCAGAAGGCAGCCCUACUCUAGGCACAGAAGGUUAACCAGAACAAGAACACCCGCCAUCGACAAGGUUUGUUUGCGACAAUCUGCGCACUCAACGCACAAAAGAAAACAGCAUUGCAAAACAUCUGCAGAUACUGUAAACUAGCAAGCUACUAAAUCACUCCUCAAAGAGUUGCAUCAGUAUUUUCGUCGACUUUAUAUUUAUUUAAACCACAAAUCCUCCAAGAGGAGAAGUACAACGCUGCUCAUCUGUAGUUACAACUUUGCAAAACUGAAAAAGCCACGACCGGAUUAAACUGAUUUGGUGUGGUUUGAAUAUAAAGAGUGAAACCAGUUGCAGCACGAAUAACAAGACAAAUCACGCUAAUAAAAGAGGAAUCGUCCUACUUUGUCAAGUGGGUGAGGGCAACCACAGGACUUGUCCACCGCGCGAAGUCACAAAGUGAAACCCAGCUCAAAAUCUCGGAGAAUUUCACAGAAAACUGCGGUUUGAGAGAGAGUGUGCGGUCGGGUCGCCCACCAUUGCUUUCUACACAAGACUCAAUAUAAUAAAAACAGAUUUCACCAACCAUGCGGAUUAGCAGGCACGUAGAUGUCAGUAGAAUUGUCUUUCACGUGGCAUUUGUCGCCAUGGCAGUGUCCGUAACACAGGUCACCACCGAGGACUGCGGCCAGGAGGAACUCGUCCAGUGUACCAAACCGCUACAAGUGCUCUCCGCUACCUCCGAGCUCUCGUUCGUCACGAAAAAGGAGGAACUGGAUAAACUUUGCCCUGACCUUCACGCGGGCCUCCACUGCAUACGAAGCUACACGCGACGCUGCAUGAACAUCCACCAGAGAGAGCACUUCAACAAGCUGUAUCACGGCACCCACGAGGUCAUACACGAGCUCUGCCAGGAAGGACCCUAUCAGGAAGACUUUCUUAGACAUGCACCCUGCAUGCGGCACGUCAAGAAGGACUACGAAGUGUGUGCGGUCAGCUAUCAGAGCACAAUGGCCAAGAUUGGACAGACGGUGGCACAUACCACGGUGAGGCCCCCGCCGGUGCAACUGACGACACCCAGUGCGGCCAUGGCUCUUUCGUCGUCGGACAACGUGCACCAGCAGCAGCAUCAUCAUCACCGGCAGCAUCAGCAUCAGCAUAACAGUGGCAGCAGCAGCAGCAACAACGACACCAAAAGUGCUGAGGAUGCGGAAGAGGAACGACUCAAAACUGUUUGCUGUGCAUUCCACAAGUACAUGCAGUGUUCCGAGUUCACGGUCCGUCACGCGUGUGGAGACGAAACCGCGCUCUUCACUCGGAAAUUCCUCGACAAAAUGUCCAACAAACUGAUGACGAUGCACUGCGUUGAUUACACACCGGGAAGCGGAAAAUGCCGGGAUUAUUUCAGCUCGCACUCGGCACGCGCCCAGCAGCAUCAGAACCGGAUGCUCUCGUGGCUGGCCACCCUAACGCUACUGCUGGCCAUAACUAGCCGGUUGGUCAACCCAAGCGUACUAAUUUAAUCGGCGGCCCGCGCGCGCGUGUGGACUGUCGAGUCCUUUCUCUGGGGACGCGGUGUUCAUGGUGCACCUACUGCUACUGGAUGCAGCUCGACGGCUAUCAACAGCCAGCAGAAACGAAACAAAAAGCUCUAUAUAUAGGAACAACACAUAUAUUGCUAUUAUAGGGAAAUCUAGUGUUGCCGGAACCUAUUUUGUGAUCGACGAUGACGCGCGAGUGCGGAUCUAAGCGUGAAUGGGAAACCUACAUAUACGAGUGAAUACAGUGUGAAAUAGUGGAAUGGAACAUGAAUAAAUUAAAAACUUAAAAGAGAA